CCGUUAUGCAUAGAAGACAAAGCAAAACUCCCACUCCAGUCGAUUCGAUGGAUGGAGAAUGAGACAUAAAAGGGUUAGAAAAAAAACGAAUUAAUAAAAACAGAAAGCGUUAAACGUCUCCACCAAAUCGAGCUUAGCCGUGUUCGGUGCUCCAAUUCCACCAGGCGGCCACCCUCUCGUUCGUGCCGCCUCCAAAAUCCAGGACUGGGUUUCAUGCUUUUAGGGUUCGGAGGUUGAACUUGGUUGCUGUUCUGAUUCUGGUUUUCUUGUCAUGGCAGAGAAAAUGAGUAGUAGAAAGGAAGAGGAGCGGAAUGAGAAGAUUAUUCGAGGUCUCAUGAAGCUUCCUCCCAAUCGAAGAUGCAUCAACUGUAAUAGUCUGGGUCCUCAGUAUGUCUGUACGAACUUUUGGACUUUCGUUUGUGUAACUUGCAGCGGAAUACAUCGUGAAUUUACUCACCGAGUAAAGUCUGUAUCCAUGGCUAAAUUCACUUCUCAAGAAGUUGAGGCUCUUCAAAGGGGUGGUAAUCAGCGUGCAAGAGAAAUAUUCUUGAGGGAAUGGGACCUACAGCGUCAGAGAUUGCCCGAUAGCAGCAAUGUUGAUAAAGUCCGGGAGUUCAUAAAGAAUGUUUACAUCGAAAAGAAAUACGCUGGUGGGAAGACCUCUGACAAGCCUCCAAGAGACAUGCAGGCAAUCCAUUUCUUGUUUCAUUUGAGCCUUAGGAACUAUGAAGAUCAAACCAGACGAGCCAGUUCGUAUCACUCCUAUUCUCAGAGUCCACCUUAUGAAUAUCAGUAUGAAGAUCGACAUUAUGGCAAACAAGUUGGUGUGCUUUCUAGAAAACCUGGUUCAGAUCGAGUCCACUAUGAAGGGAAAAUAUCUAGCUUUGUUUAUAGUCCAGGUCGGUACGAGGAUAGAUUUGCAAAUGAGGGUUCUGCUCCUAGAGUUUCAGACUGCUCUGUAUCUAGUGGAGGCGAUGCAUUCAGAUCUGAUACCCAGUCACCUAAUUUUCAGAAGGACAUUGGUUUUAGCAGUCCUGUUCAUCCUGUGAAGGAUUUCUUAAGUGAAGAUGGACGGCGCCAAACAUUAUGUACAUUGUCUGAUGCAAAUUUGAAAAGAGAUGCAGAUGUUAUUCCACAUUCACAGAGAAGUGCAUCUUUAGGAAGCUUUGGAUCUUUUGAUAGCAACUCUGUAUCCCUGAAAUCAGUUAAUUCAGGUAAUUUAUUUGAUAUUUUCUCAGAGGCUGAGCCAUCUGGUGGGACCCUGCAGGAUGCUUCUUCAGUUUCAUCAGUACAUUUCUUUCAGCAGCCAGCAUCUACUUCAGCUCAACCACUUGCAACUUCUUCAGCUCUAUCUGUAGAUUUAUUUCAGCUACCUGCAACUUCUUCAGCUUCCUCUCUUGAUUUACCUCAACCACCACCAACCUCUUCAGCUCCAUCUAUUGAUCUGUUUGCUGACAUCAAUUUCCAUCAAUCAGCUGCAACUUUAUGGGAACAAAAACCACAGGAAUUCUCUUUUCAAGAAGGUGAAGGAUGGGCAACAUUUGACAUGCCUCAGCAUCUCUCUUCUGCCCAAGAAACAAAAAAUGUGACUCAUGCCGAUGUCGCUUCUGGUGAUGGAAUACCUGUGGGAAAAUUUGAUGAUGCUUCAUCUGUAAGUACUGGCAUAAAGUGGCCACAAUUUGAAAAUUACGCAGUUCAAGGAUCUUUAUCCUCGACGUCUUACCAAUGGAAUGAGGGGCAUCAUGAUGAUCAAGUCUCCACUGCUGCAAUAAGUACACAGUCAUGGAAUGCCUUUGAAGAUAACAUUGGAAGCCAUCCUCAAAUUUCCUUUGGGAAUUUACCACAGAAGAGUGAACCACAAGUGCCAGCACAGAAGCCUCAUUUAACCAGUGAUCAAUAUUUGAGCUCUAAAAUUUCCGAGGACUUGGGAAAAGAUGGGUUUCUAAGAGUUGGUGCAGAAGAUAGACUCCCUAUACCAAGUAUACCACAUAACAGAUAUAUCACUGGAUCAUCAUUUUCUCAACCAGUGAUUCCCCUUGUGGGAGGAUUAUCAUCACAUGCUACUGAUAGGAAAUCUUCAAAUCCAUUUGAUCUUUCGUAUGAUUCUAAUCUGGAACCUAGCAAUAUGUUCUUGGAUAUGAGCUCUUUGCAGACAGCACUACCAAAUCCCCAGUUGCCACCUGCCUUCCUCAGUGGCCUACCUGAACCUUGGUUUCCUCAGAAUCCAGUCACAUCUUAUAUUCCAAAUACUCCACAAGGAGGCUUAGCUUCUUACAUGGCUGGUCAAGUACCAAGCUCUCAGUUGCCGGGGCCGCCAGCAUGUCUGUUUGAUUGGGGAGGAGGAUAGCAAGGAAGUGCUAUGACUGGUCACAGCAGAUGUGUACUCAUUGAUGUGGAAUAUUCCUUCACAAGGACCUGUUGCAUCUCUUGGUGGGAAUCCUUUUGCUUAAGUAUGGGCGAGUUUAAUCUUUAUCAUCGUAUAUCACUUGUGGCUGAGAACUGUCUGUGGUCGGUCGAUUAGAAUUGAGGCAAGGUUGCAUUUUUAUUUGUAUUCUCUGUGCAAUAAAACAUUAGUGUUGUAAAAAUCCCCACUAGUCCUUCAGACGUUUAAUUUAAUGUGCUUUUUUUGCAUCGUUUUCUUUUCAGUGUAUUAACUUGAGGAAGACCGUAGAAAUAUUAUAUCCCAGGAACAUAAUAGUAUUUGUCAAAUUAACUGUCUCAUUCCAAAAUAACUGGUAUCCUAAAUUUCAUCA